GCCGUGCCGGCGCAUGCGCGGAGCGAGCGAGCGGAGAUGGUGUGAGCGGCGGCGCCCGGACUCGCGGUUUGGUAACGGUUUGAAGGCGAAGGAAAUGGCAGAAAACAAACUCAAGAAUUUAGGUGUUAAAAGGACUCUAAGCAAAAAAGAGCAGGAUGAACUUAGAAAAAAGGAGGAAGAGCUGAAGGCAGCUGAAAUCUAUGAAGAAUUUUUAGCUUCUUUUGACUCAAACAAUGGAAGCAAUGUUAAAACUUUUGUGAGAGGUGGUAUUGAAAAUCCAUCUAAAGUAGACAAGGGAGCAGAUGAAAGGAAAACAAAACUAUAUAAACCUACAGCCAAAUUUGGUGAAUUAAAAGCACCACAACAAGAUGUUUCUACACCAUCCAGACAUUCUUCUGAAGUGAGGAAACACCCCAACAAAAAAGUAAAAGAUGAGAAAAAGAAGAGCAAUUUGGAAAUAUUUAAAGAAGAGCUCAAGCAGAUUCAAGAAGAGCGUGAAGAGAGGCACAAGAAUAAAAGAUCAAUUAAAGAUGGUACUUUAAGACAAAGUAGAUUUGAACCCAUACCUGGAGACCAAGAACAGCAAACGAAUCGGCGUGUCUUGCAGGAUGAUGCUCAAGGAUCAUAUGAUUCAGGGGAUCCUCACACUACAAAUUUGUACAUUGGAAACAUAAAUCCACAGAUGGAUGAAGAAAUGCUUUGUAAAGAAUUUGGCAAGUUUGGCCCUUUGGCAAGCGUGAAAAUCAUGUGGCCUAGAACAGAGGAAGAACGGGCUAGAGUCCGAAACUGUGGUUUUGUUGCCUUCAUGAACAGAAAAGAUGCAGAUCGAGGUCUGAGAUCCCUGAAUGGGAAAUUUAUAAUGGGUUAUGAAAUGAAGCUAGGGUGGGGGAAGGCAGUGCCCAUCCCCCCACAUCCCAUAUACAUUCCACCAGCGAUGAUGGAAUUGACUCUUCCUCCUCCUCCAUCGGGUUUACCCUUUAACGCACAGCCUAGAGUGAGGCUGAGGAACCCCGAUUUGCCACUGCCGCCAGCAAAAUCCAAGGAGGAAUUUGAUAAGACUCUGUCCGAAGCCGUAGUCAAAGUGGUUAUCCCAACAGAAAGGAACUUAUUGUGCAUAAUUCAUCGAAUGAUCGAGUUUGUGGUGCGUGAGGGACCAAUGUUUGAAGCUAUAAUUAUGAACCGAGAAAUGAAUAACCCCUUGUUUAGGUUCCUGUUUGAGAACAAGACCCCAGCACAUGUGUACUACAGAUGGAAGUUAUUUUCUAUUCUGCAGGGUGAUUCUCCUACGAAAUGGCGAACAGUAGAUUUUCGAAUUUUCAAAGCUGGUUCAUUUUGGCACCCUCCACCUAUGAAUCCCUAUCUGCAAGGCAUGCCAGAGGAUGGGGCCGUGGAAAUGCCUGUUGAACAAGAGGAGCCAGUGAAGAAGGGACAACUGAAGGAUGAACAGCGAGAUAAACUGGAGAAUAUCUUGAGGGGAUUGGCACCUCAUCGAAAUAAUAUAGGUGAAGCUAUGGUCUUCUGUUUGAAUAAUGCUGAGGCAGCUGAAGAAAUAGUAGAUUGCAUUGCAGAGUCAUUGUCCAUUUUACAGACUCCACUACAGAAAAAGAUAGCAAGACUCUACCUGGUGUCUGAUAUUCUGUAUAAUUCUUGUGCAAAAGUAGCUAACGCAUCUUAUUAUAGGAAAUACUUUGAAUCCAGACUUCCUCAGAUAUUUUCUGAUAUGCAUGAAGCUCACAAAGUGAUUCAAGCAAGACUUCAAGCAGAGCAGUUUAAGCAAAAGGUAAUGGCGUGUUUUAGGGCGUGGGAAGACUGGGCUAUUUAUCCAGAACCUUUCCUCAUUAGGCUACAGAAUAUAUUCCUUGGACUAAUGAAAUUGGAUGAUGAUGCAUCAGAAAGACGUGAGGUGCUUGAUGAUGUAGAUGGCGCACCAAUUUACGAAGAUAUUGCUCCGAUCGAUGAUGUUGAUGGAUUGCCAAUUGAUGAUAUUCCACUAGAUGGAGCACCUUUAGAUGAUAUUGAUGGAGUUCCUUUGAAAUUAGUUGAGGAUGACCUUGAUGGCAUGCCAAUGGAAGAAACUAUAAUUAAAAAGGAGGAACCAUUGUUAAAGAUUGCUCCUUCAAAAUGGGAAACGGUGGACGAGUCAUUGUUGGAAGCUCAUGCAAUUACUACAUCAAAAUGGGAUCUACUUGAUCAUCCAGAGUCCGAACGAAAAGUUCACAUUAAGGAAGAAGUAACCGAAGAAACUGAGGAGGAACCAGCUGACACUUCUGAGUCAGAGGAAUCAUUGGUGCAGAGGGAGGAACCCAUUGAUUCAAAAUCACAGAAAUUCUUAGAAAUAUCUGAACAAAAACGUGCCAAGCUGCGAGAAAUUGAGCUAAAAGUAAUGAAAUUUCAAGAUGAAUUGGAAUCGGGUAAAAGACCCAAGAAAUCAGGAGUGACAUUUCAACAACAGGUUGAGCAUUAUAGAAGUAAACUUUUGCAAAGGGAAAAGGAAAAGGGCCAGGAUAAAGAGGUAGAAAAAAAGGAAAAAGAAAUUACAGAUUCAGAGCGAUCAAAGGACAUAAGCAAAGAAAAAGACAAAAAAGAAAAAGACAGAACUGAAGAACGGAGCAAAGAGAGAGACAAGGAUAAAGUCAAAGCCAAAGAGAAAGAUAAGAUCAAGCUGAAGAGUAAAGAAAAGGAACGGAGCAAAGAUCGAACGAGGAAUAAAGAUAAGCAAAAGGGCAGCUCAAUUUCACCCUCCAGAAAAGGGAGGUGUACAAAUUCACCAAGUCCUUCGAGGAGCAGCAGAUAUGGAAUAUCGGUCUCGCCUUGGUCUGAAAGAUCACAGCUAAAAGAAAAUACCCUCUCGAGGUCUCCAUCACCAGCAUAUAAAGAUUCCCCAAAGAAUAGUGGCAAGCGGAAAAAGAGAUCUUGGUCAAGAUCUAGAUCUCCCAAAAAGUCAAAGCAUUCCCACUCAACUUCUCCCAAGAAAUCCAAGCCAUCACGAUCACGUUCAAGAACUCCUCACCGGUCUCGUAAAAAGUCAAAGAAGAGCAAACACUGACAUCAACAUUUCUGCUUUCAUGUACAUAAAGGAAAAUGCAGCUUUUUUGUACUUUGUUUUGCCUCUGUUACUCUGUUCCAUUUGUUUUAUAGAUGGAAUAAAUAUUCUGUGCUUUUGUAUUUGGAUAACUGCUGCUCAUUUUACAAUGGGAUGGUGAUUCAGUUCUGAAAAUGGUAUCAGUUAUGAUCUGGAAAUCUCCUAACUGUUCCUUGCCAAUGUAAAGCAUUCAUCUCUGCAUUCUUGUCAAAUUUUGCUUGUGCUUUAGUACAAGUAUUUUUUUUAAAUCUGUGUAAUAUCUGCAGAGAGAGCUGCAGGAGACAUGAAUGUGUGUUUUGUGAUCCUUAUAAGCAUCUUGGUGUUCAGUUUCUGUAAUAACAUUUAAAUAAAGUUUAGUGACCCCUUUCUUGAGGACAAUUAUUAUA